GACCACACAUCCACGAGCGAGCACUGCAACCCAGUGCUGACCUUUCAGCUUUUGUUUGCAGGAAAACACACCUAUUUGCACACUGCUCUAAUAACAGCCUGGAGGUGCUUUUCGGAAAUGUGCCACCUGCUAGAAAUUAUAUUUUUAAUCUUUAAAGAUGAUUUCUACAAACUAAAAAAAAGUGACUUUCACUUUCUAUAUUGGUUUAUUUAAUAUUCACAUAAAAUGAGAGUUAAUUGCAACUUAAUUAGUUUUUUUAAAAUAGGAAAAUACAUUUUGACACGCCCACUUUUUUUCCUGCACAGUAGCUUUUAUUUACCCACCCUCCUCACACUACUCAUGGAGCUCCUUAUCAUUUGACGAAAUACCCCCGCUUUUGCCACCAUCAUUCAUGCCGCUUUAACCCCUCACCCUUCCCCCCGCUGUACUCACCACGCUGCAAGCGCGCGGCGCUCCCGCGUGCACCUCGAAACAUUUUGUCUUCAUUUUUUUUUUUUUAAAGGGAGAUUUUGUUUAGAGGCGGCGCUUGUUGGCUCCAGAGUAGCGUCGUAACGACACUUUUUUCCCCUCUCCCCCCCAGUCCCUGUUGAAAGAGUUUGACCAGGGCCAGAGUUGGUGCUGGGGGGUCGCUUAGGUUUUAGCUUAGUAAUAACCAGGGGGUGAUUGCUGUUUUUUUUUUUUUAUUCUAAAAUUUUUUUGUUUUAUUUUAUUUUUUUCUACUCCACGCCGCCGCUGUCUCUCUCUUGAGAUUUGACAGCAUUUGGAGAUUUUCCUUUCAGAUCAUGAACAAACUAUAUGUUGGGAAUUUAAGUCCUUCGGUCACUGUCGAGGACUUGCAGCAGCUCUUUGAGGAGAAGCAGCUGCCCGUGGCCGAGCAGGUCCUCCUGAAAUCCGGCUAUGCUUUUGUGGACUUCCCCGAUCAGAACUCGGCCAUCAAGGCUAUAGAGAACCUCUCCGGUAAAGUUGAAUUACACGGAAAGGUGAUAGAAGUAGACUACUCUGUUCCCAAAAGACUAAGGAGUCGGAAGAUCCAGAUCCGGAACAUUCCCCCUCAUCUACAGUGGGAGGUUUUGGAUGGCCUUCUAGCUCAGUAUGGUACCGUAGACACCGUGGAACAAGUGAACACUGACACAGAAACAGCUGUGGUGAAUGUUACAUACACAACCAAGGACGAAGCUAAAGUAGCCAUCGAGAAGCUCACCGGACACCAGUUUGACAACUACUCCUUGAAGGUGUCGUACAUUAUGGACAUGGAUGCUGCUCCACCCGUCCAAGCGCCCCGCGCCCGGCGUGGGGGGCGAUCUUCCCGGGACUACGGUGCCCCUCAACCAGGGCCGUCAGGGGGUUACAGUUCGCCUCGCCCCAGACAACAGGACUUUCCCCUGCGCAUGCUCGUGCCUACUCAGUUUGUGGGAGCCAUUAUUGGGAAGGAAGGCCUUACCAUCAAGAACGUCACCAAGCAGACACAAUCCAAAGUGGAUAUUCAUCGGAAGGAAAAUGCAGGUGCAGCAGAAAAACCCAUCACAAUCCACUCGACACCCGAGGGCUGCUCCUCCGCCUGUCGCAUGAUCCUGGACAUCAUGCAGAAGGAAGCCAACGAGACCAAGACGAACGAGGAGAUCCCUCUGAAAAUCCUCGCCCACAACAGCCUCGUGGGCCGACUGAUUGGAAAAGAGGGCCGCAACCUGAAGAAGAUCGAGGAGGAGACAGGGACCAAGAUUACCAUCUCCUCAUUGCAAGACUUAACUAUUUGCAACCCUGAGAGGACCAUCACGGUGAAGGGCAGCUUGGAGGCUUGUUGUAAAGCCGAGGUGGAGAUCAUGAAGAAGCUGAAGGAAGCCUACGAGAACGACAUUGCUGCUAUAAAUCAACAGGCCAACCUGAUCCCAGGCUUGAACCUGAACGCUCUGGGAAUCUUCUCCUCUGGUCUGCCGGUGCUGCCCCCUGCUGCUGGAUCACGUGGCGCAGUUCCCCCUAUGGCACCAGCAGGAUACAACCCUUUCUUAAGUCACUCUUCACAUCUCAGUGGCCUGUACGGGGUUCCUCCAACAAGUGCCAUCCCCCACCAGCACUCACAACAGGCUCCAGAACAGGAGGUCGUCUACCUCUUUAUUCCAACUCAGGCAGUCGGGGCCCUGAUAGGCAAGAAGGGCCAGCACAUCAAACAGCUUGCCCACUUUGCCGGAGCUUCCAUUAAGAUAGCCCCAGCUGAGAGUCCAGAUGUUACUGAGAGAAUGGUUAUUAUUACAGGAACUCCCGAAGCUCAAUUUAAGGCCCAGGGUCGGAUAUUUGGAAAGCUGAAAGAGGAGAACUUUUUUUCUGCAAAAGAAGAGGUCAAACUGGAGACACACAUCAAGGUUCCUUCGAGUGCAGCUGGCAGGGUUAUCGGCAAAGGCGGCAAAACGGUAAAUGAGCUGCAGAACCUCACGAGUGCAGAGGUGAUCGUACCGCGGGACCAAAUUCCUGACGAGAACGACGAGGUCUUUGUGAAAAUCAGCGGGCAUUUCUUUGCCAGCCAGACUGCACAGAGGAAGAUUCGGGAGAUCAUUCAGCAGGUAAAACAGCAGGAGCAGAAGCACCAGCAGGGCCCCCCUGUGUCACCGCACCACUCCAAGUGACCAGUGAGGCGGCUCCAGUGGGCACCAGCCAAUGAAUGUAGCCCUCCCAAAAAGACAGAGACCUACCCAGACUAAAGGUCAAGGCCAAGGGGAAAACGCAGGGCAGACCAGCAGCACCGGGAUCAAAACCAAAGAACUUCACUAUCGGGGGAUACAAGCGCGAGCCAAAGGCUGAGGGCAUUGUGUGCACUGCCAACCCCUUUGAGACGAGACGGAGCGCAAGAUACUGAUAUCACGAAAAAGACCAAAAAAUUUAAAGAAAAAUUGGUGGAAAUGGCGGAGAAUUUGGGAACUCUUUAUUAUCAGUUAAAAAAAGGUCUAACAUGUUUACCCUGCUUAAUGUUAUCUCUUUAGUUGGACUAACAUAGGCCUAACCAACAGAUCAAAGCGAUGAAGCGAGUCCACAAAUGCACAUAAAGGCAUUGUGACUGAUGUUUAGACGAAUUGGUUGCAUCCUCUCACAGCCGUUUGGGAUAUUUAGAUUGUGAGAUUAAAUAUUCUAAGCAGUAUUAACAGAGUAUUUUCAUAGGCCUUGAGAGCACGCACUGUGAUUUUUUUUUUUUUUUUUUUUUUUAAUGACAGUACAGCUCGUUUUGAUUCAAAGAUUGGGCUGUGGUUUGCUCCCGCUAAAAUCAAACAUCGAAUGAGUCUUUUUAACAAGCCUGUGUGUGUGCCAACGCAAAAGAUAACGUCCCUUUGGAAUAAUUCUCACCAAUCUUGUCUAAAGCUUUGCUCCGUGUUUUUAAUCUUCAUCUUCUGCUAAUUUCUGCUUCUUCACUUCUUCUCAUGUUUUUUAAUGGGUUUAAAAAAUAUCUUUUGUUAAGAAACUCUUGUUUUCGUAGCCUUUUGAUGUCAUUGAACUGACUGCCACUUUCGCUCAAGAGGUUUUAUGCAACUGAGGGGAUUUUUUUUAAACAUUUUUUUUUUUGUAACUGGUGUCACUCCCAAAAUCUUCAAACAAGCGCUUUGUCCCGAUGUUUAAGCAAACUCCAUCACUUUAAUCACAGCAAAAGAAAUCGUUCACUUUUGUGAACGAACGACCAUUUUAUUUGAAUGUGCACUGCUUCAGCCUUAUCGGGGCCGUCUGUAAACCAGAAGCCCGGAAAGUGGAAAACAAUCGGGUGAGAGAAACCCAAAAUAAGUGAGGCAGCAGUGGAAACUUUACGAGGGGCGUUUGGGGACACACACAACGGCAAACGUGACCGCAGCCGCAUUUGGCUUUAACCCUGCUUUUGUCAGGGAGCUUUUUAAAAAAAAAAAAAAAUCAAACGAAUAAAAGAAAAAAAAAUGGCGUGACAGCUGUGAAUGUACAAUAUGCAGCCUUUUCUUGAAAAUAUCACCCCUGCUGUGUCCAGCAGGCCGGGCCAGCGGCACAUAGCACACAAGAUUGUCAUCCUCACACACGCUGUUUUUUUUUUUUUUUUUUAAUUUUAAUUUCAGAGGUUCUGCUUCGAUGGGCCUGCUCGGGCUGGACAUGCAGGUUCCUGUGCGCUUUACUUUGAAAACCGCGGAAGCUUGUUGCCUUAUUUCGCCACCUUCUCCAAAUCACCCAUGAGCUUCAUCUUCCAGACGCAAGGUUAUUGCCAAUAUGCACAGCUUCCUUUGUGUGUGUAUGUGUGCGCACAUGCACGCGCAUGUGUAUAUAUAUAUAUAUAAAUAAAUAUAUAUAUACAUAUAUAUAUUAAAAGAGAGAGUAAUAUUUAUGAAUCUAUUUUUUUUUCCUAUUUUGUGAUGAGAACUAUUGAUAAGAAACAAAAAAAAGUCCUUUUCUUCUUUUCACAGUGGGACACUGCCAUAUUAUUUUGAAGGGAAGUGUUUUAUUUUCUUGAAAGACUAAACUAUGAAUAAUAAUAAUAUAAAGAACAAAAAAAAACAAAACUGGGAGAACAGUUAAAGUGAACCACCAUGUUAACUUUGGUAAGGAUGUGAACAGUGCGCAUGUCAGUAUUGUGAUCUACCUCAGGCUUCAGGGUACCUCAGUCCAAUCUUUCAUUUCCCCUUUUUCCACGUUUUGUAUGCCUUGUUAACUGAUCAUUUUUAGUUUUUCUUUUUUUUUAAAUGAAAAAAAAAACAAAAAACUUACAGUAAUCUCUUCAGGACUAGUGACAUUUUUGUAGUCAACUGCAUUGGGACUGUGUUUACCUGGACGCCGUACAUCCUCUCAGUGAAAAGACGGAUUUCUACGUACAUUUUGGAUGAUUUCGGGGGGGUUUCAAUAUGGACGUGUGCUGAUUUCACCACCAGAGGAACACAAAUAAAUACAAUCAGUUGAUAGAAACCGAUACUAACCAACUGUACCUCCUGUUUUUUGAGAUUUCUUCACUUUUGGGGGAGGAUUUUAACUCUUUUUUUGUAACCUUACCAGCUCUGUUUGAUAACUCUGGGGUUGAUUUGGAAACACAAAGCUGCAAAAACACACUGACAGGACUCUUGAAUUCGGUGUUAAAGCCUGGUCUUCUGUGUAGAAUGUAGUAAAACUCUAGUCGUUGAAAUGUCACUGUGUACGACAAUAAAACUGUAUAUCUGUAAACUUGUACGAUAGUCACACACACACACACAAAUGCUUUGUGUUCUGUCUGUAACACCAGUCUGUUGUGACCUCUAUCUCCAUCGUUUCUUUUGCUGUGCUGUACAUUUUCGGAAUGACCUCUGAAUCCAAGGCUGAAACCAUUUAGGAUCGAGUCUAAGUUUUAUCUUUUGAACUUCUUCUUACUUACGGAGGGCAGACUUUUAUCAUCCGAUGAGCUGGAUCUUUUGUUUUCUUUUUGUCCCGGUGAACACAGACGAGCAGUGCUAAAGUUAAACUAUCUCAAUUCACACAAUGCCUGAGGCUGCUGCUGCUGCUGCUGCUGCUGCUGCGGCGGGCCUCCCCACGGCCGGUACAGUACCUCAAACAUGAUGAUGAUAGCUCACCAGACCGGAUUCAAGUACCCUGACCUUACCCAUGUAAAUGCAGUACGGUCCUUUCAUUCAGACGCGUGGAGUUCUGCAUCACCUCAGCAGAGCGUGUGCUGCAGAGAUCUGCUUCCGACAGUAGCACUGGACUUUGUGCAUCUUACCUUUUCGUCUGUCAGGAUUAGGUUUUUUUUUUCUUUAAGGUUCUUUUUCCUGCAUUGCAGAGGACUCCUCAGACUUCUGCUUCUCUUGUGUUUUGGCUGUUUUUUUAGACAGAUUUCCCUCUGGCUGGAUGCUGAAACGUGAGAAACAUCCUGAGGCGAAACUCUGUAAAAAUAAUAGUAACUUUUUUUUUUUUUCCACUUCUAAGGAUUGGUGUUUCUAGGUUUUGUGGGGUGUUGCUAGGCAUUAAUUAUCAGUACCAGAAAACCACAAGUACACACUUCACGGAGGGAGUCGCGUGUCGUUAGUGAAAUCACACAGUGGUUGAAUAGCUUAGGCUUUCUUUUGUUUUCUGUUGAUCUCGUCAUUUACACUGAUACGAGGAUUUAGUCUGGAGCUGUAGCUGGGAUUUCUUAAUAUUCAUUCCUGUUAGAUCACUACCAAUAAUACUAGUGUUGAAAUUGUGGUUGAAAAAGAAAAAUUUCCUAGCUAGAAACUUUUGAGCGAUGGAAUUGGAUUGGGAGAGAAAAAGCAAAGUAUGCAUUUUAGCUUGCAGAAGGAGGAGCUUACCAGGUAUGGAAGUUGUGGCAUCAUCUUAGAACCUUCUGGACCAGGUGAUGGAGGGAUUUUGUUAGAAAUAGCAGAACCACAGCAAGUGUUUGUUGUCUUUUCUUGUUUUAACGCAGAGCAUUGCAUGAGAUUGAUACAGGAGAUCCAGUAUGUACUGCACUUCACAUAGCACUAGACUUUGAGCAGUUUUUUAUUUUACAGGGAUCCGAUUCUUAACUGCAUUUCACCAUUCGGGAGAUUCCUUUUGUUUCCUCUGUAGGUCACAAAGUCCUACGUUUUCCCAUGGACCAAAAGGUCCCCAACACCUCAAAGUAAUCAGUGGCUGGACAGACAUUUGAUCCAUGUUUUUUUUUUUCUUUUAAGAGCAUCACAUGUGGAUCCAUGCCUUCCUGGUAACAGCCAAGCUGUUGUUUUGAGUUGUGAGUGAACUGUAUUGCUGAGCAACCUGGAUCAGAGCAAUAAAGAACAUUUGGAAAACAAAAGAAGUUGUUUUGGACAUUUUUAUUUUCUCUGAAACCUUCAAAAAAAAGGAUGCUGAAUCGGUGUGUCUCCAGUGGAGUCACAGCACCUCACAAGUUAAAAUACUGGCAAAUAAAACAUGAAUGCUGCAAUUUGUUCUUCCUCCUCCAGUUGGCGCUCAAUUUUACCCUGUUUUGACAGGUGAAUUACUUUUUAAAAAA